UCAAAGAAAAGAAAAUCAGGAUCCGGUAUGGAGGCUAGCUUUUCAGCUAAUAAGGUUAGUAUAACUGAUAUUCUGAUAAAAAAAGUAGAUGAAAUGGAUGACUUACAAGUUAAGCUUGCACAAAAUCAUAAAGAAAGGGAAGAAGCUAAAC